AUGAUCGAUUCCCUUCCUUACGUAACCCUACGCAAGCUAUAUACCCCGCAUGUGCCCCCUUCGCCCGCAACGAUACUCGACUCUGGCGCCCUCGUACUCUACUUUCCCGCGCCCAAUACCGUGACCGGAGAAGACGUGCUCGAACUGCACGUGCAUGGCGGUCCAGCUAUUGUACGCGCAGUACUGUCAGCCAUACCUGAAUGCGCGAACAUACCAGAAAUUCGCAAGUCGAAGCGCAAGGAGAUCCGCUAUGCUGAGCCUGGAGAGUUCACACGGCGCGCUUUCGCCAACAACCGCAUGGAUCUUCCCCAGAUCGAGUCGCUAGGAGAGACACUGUCUGCUUCGACUGAACAGCAACGCAAGAUUUCAGUAAAGGGGACGACCUCCUCACUGGCAACACGUUACGAGCACUGGCGUAUGCUGUUGCUGCAGGCCCGGGGCGAAUUGGAGGCCUUGAUCGAUUUCUCCGAAGACCAACACUUUGACGAAUCACCGGCUGUCCUGUGUGCCUCCGUCGCAUCUCAAGUCCGUGCCUUGCAGGUGCAGAUGGAGGCGCACGUUGCCAAUGCCGUUCGUGGAGAGAUGCUGCGCAAUGGCAUUAGCGUUGCGCUUCUCGGUGCACCCAACGCAGGCAAGAGCAGUCUGCUGAAUCGCAUUGUUGGAAGAGAUGCCGCCAUCGUCUCUGAGGAAGCUGGCACAACGCGCGACGUGGUUGAGAUAGGAUUGGAUCUGGGCGGGUGGCUUGUCAAGAUUGGAGACAUGGCCGGCCUUCGCCAGGCUGGUGUCGCAGGUGCGACCGUCGUUGGGGCUGUUGAACAAGAAGGCAUCAAGCGCGCGAAGCAACGGGCACUCGAGUCAGACGUGCUGAUUGUCGUUCAAGACGCCACAGCCGAGAUGGAUCCUGAGGUUAUGGCCACGGCAAAGCAGUGUGCUGAUGUCGGCAUCGAGGUCAUCGUUGCUCUCAACAAGCGCGAUCAACUUUACACGUUCGAUAUCUCGCGGGAGAAAUGGGAAGAAAAGAUCCACUCCGCGCUGGGCAUCCCGAAAGACCGCCUAUGCUUCAUUACUUGCAAGCCGCUCACAGGGUCGAUACCUUAUCCGAAAAGCGACAACAUCCCAGAAUUUCUCACCAUCUUGCAGGAUACCUUCAAGUCUAUGACAGCCGCGUUAGUUCCUGACUCGGAUCCCGAUCCAAGCAUUUGGCAGGAGUCAUUAGGCGCAACCGAGCGUCAACGUCUUCUUCUCUCCGAAUGUCUCAGCCACCUUUCCGCCUUCCUCACAACCGUAACCGAGCCCUCGGCCGAUACAACCAGAACCGGUGAGGAACUACCAGGCGAGGCCGACGAGGUCGAUAUUGUGGUCGCUGCAGAGUGCCUUCGCUCCGCCGCCGACGCAUUGGCCCGCAUCACAGGCCGGGGUGACAGCGGCGAUGUGGAAGAAGUGUUGGGGGUCGUUUUCGAAAAGUAA